AUGACGGAUGCAGCAGCUCCGUCAUUGAAGCCGCACGCGACCCGCGCUGGAGCACAACACGACCAGCCCCUGGAUGCCAUUCUCGCCGCCCGACAACGCACCGCGACCACGACAGCGCGCCGCCCACCGACGACGGAUAGAAGCCAGACCAGGGGGCCGGGAGAGGCCUGGCCAGGAGAGGCCGCAACAACCGCCGCGAUGGAUCUCGGGCGAAUGCUAAACACGGAUGCCGGGGCGGCCGCGACUGUGUCGCCCACGCAGCCGGCCCGACCCCCUCCCCAGCACGCGCGCCACCCGUCGACGCCGAUCCAGAUUGCGCCGCCGCACUCGUUCCGCGACUACGCCAAUCCACCGCACCCGUCGCCCGUCAGGCAGCCGUCGCACGACGGCUACGGCCAGCCGCCGCCACCACACGCGCAACCCCCCGGCGGCGGCCAGCCCUACGCGACAUCGCCUGUCUCGUACCACCCUCAACAAUCGAUGCAGGCCCCCUACGGCGCUCCCAGACCAGCGCCGCCGCCGAUGGGCCCCGAUGCCCGCUCGCCCAGCAUGGGCUCGAUGCCCGGCGCUGGCUCUCCAUACGCUGGUAGGCACACCUCGAUCGGCACGCCAGGAGGCCCGGGCCCUGCUGGUUACCCCUUUCCCCCAACACCAGGACAUGGCGCGCCGAACAGCCCCGUGCAGCUCCACCAGUAUCCCCCGGCCGGCACUUAUCCUCAGCGUUCCGACAGCUUCUCGCAGCCGUCUCCAGGUCCGGGUCCGCACGCGAUAGGAGGUCAACAGCCCGGGCACCCCCCGUACAUGCACACGGGGCCAGUGCCUCAGACGCCCCCAGUCGGUACCCCUGGAGGUCCGCAUCCAGCUUUGCACCAGCGCUCGCAGUCGACCCACUCCACGCCCACUCCAACUUCUGCGCACAGCCAGCACCAAUAUGGUGCACCAUAUCCGGGCAGCCCCGUCAUGGCGCACCAUCAACCACCACCAACUCACACUCAAUCCCAGCAGCCUCACAGUCAGCCUCAGUCCCAGCACGAGUACUACAACAGCCACCAGGGCUCUAAUCCUCCAACUCCGAUAGGACCACCGUUGGCGCCUGGCCCUCCACGCACCUCGUCCAACGCGAGCUACCCGCCUCCUUCAAGCCCGUAUCAACAACGUCUGUCCUCGGCCGGGAAUUUCGCGCCUCCAAUACCUCCCCAUCUACAGCCGCACACGUCACCACCGCAACAGGCCCCGCCGAUCAUUCCAAAGCCACCAGCGAGCCAUUCUGGUCACGACGUGGACGUGCACCGGCGCUCCCUGUCGCGCAGCGAGCGCGAGCACAGCCAGAGCAUAAGCCCAAAGACACGCAACAUGAGCGUUCAGAGCAGUGUUGGGCCCACAUCAACCUCGACCUCAAUCCACGAUUCGGAUCCUCGCCAGAUGCCAGCAUCCAAAACAAUGACUGCAUCUGCGCCAGGCCCCGUGGAGCAAGGCCGUGAGCGCGCCAUCACUCCCGGCAAGCGAAAGAUGGACGACAGAGACCUGGCACCCGACGAGAUUGCCCAUCAAGAGGCUCGGCCGGCGCCAUUCGUAGACCGCAACGGUUCUCGAGCCGACAACGCUCGGUCUUCAGCAUCGCCUACUACACAGCGCAAACAUGCGAAACGACACGCCGAGGUGCCCAUGUGGGCGCGUAGCAUCCGGUCCAAGGAGGCCGAACUCAAGAAUCCGAACUUUGAGAUUCGCAAAAAGGUCGUGAGCCAGCCUCCGGCUCAGGUCAACGGUCUGAAGCGCGAGCCAGCACAGAGACGCGACACCACCAGCGGACACGCCUCUCCCACAGCCACCCGUGCCCAACCAGCACCUGGACCUCCGGCCCCACCGACAAGCGCCGCUCCAAACCCGUGCUUAACCUUGGGUCCGUGGGAGCCCACCAUCACCAGCAAACGCCCCCAAGAGGAGAUGGUCAGGAUGGUUGCGGACUUCAUAUUCCUCAACGUUAUCAACAACGAGCACAAGAGAGAAAUACUCUCCCGCGGUAUCGAGUUCGAAAUCGAGGCGAAGCUAGGUCAGUGUAUCAACAAGGACACCAACGAUCGGUUCGAUCUUCCAGUCGAGACCGAAUGUGUGCUUAGGGAGAGCGGCCACAUUGCAUUCAAAAGCAGCAUGACUGAGGAGCAACACAAAGCAUACAACGGUUUCCUCAACGAUGCCGUCAGCCGAACCCGCCCUCCCAUCGCGGCGGCGGGCAGCCGGGUCGAGAUCACUUACAAGCACAACAGGGAAGUGGACAGGUUCUUUGAGCUGCCGCGGGAGCUCGAGGGUCGCCUGCCGUCCGUCAUGAGGCACUACAACCACGCUCAGGGCAGGCGUUCACUCAAAGUGCGCGUGACAUACGAGCGGCAGCGAGCAGCGGAUGGAAGCACUGUCUUGGUGGCCAAGCGGCAGAUAAUGAAGGCACGUGUUGCCGACUUAAGCAUCCACUUCCCAAGGCAUUCUAUGGACUGCAGAAUCAGCGUCAACCUAGAAAUGCCGUGGGAUGGGCCGGCGAGCGAGAUUGAGGAGAUCGGAACUCAUGACCCGGCGAGGGCGCCAGACCGAGAAAAGGACCGACUAAGCUACGAACAGGGACCGUAUCAAAUCGAUCUGACGCAGGUGACGCAAAAGAUCAUCGGCAUAGCGAACAAGGCUCAGACUAAGAGAGAGCACGAGCUCGAAAUCGAGCUCAACGCUGGCCUGGUGCUGAAACAGGGCGACCUGCUGAUGAGCAACUCGCCACACAACUACUCGGAACUCAUCGAAGGAAUGGUGGACAAUGUUCGUCUACUGGUGCAGAGGAAUAGCCGCUAG